AUGUCCAAUAAAGCAGGUGGGAAACACCCAACUACCGCCAACAGUGACCUAUCCAACCACAACAUGGUGUCCGAGGUCCCUCCAGAGCGGCCCAGUGUCCGGGCCACCCGGACGUCCCGCAAGGCCAUCGCUUUCGGCAAGCGCUCACACUCCAUGAAGCGGAACCCCAGUGCUCCUGUCACCAAGGCAGGCUGGCUUUUCAAGCAGGCCAGCUCCGGGGUUAAGCAGUGGAAUAAGCGCUGGUUUGUCCUGGUGGAUCGCGGCCUCUUCUACUAUAAAGAUGAGAAGGAGGAGAGCAUCCUGGGCAGCAUCCCCCUCCUGAGCUUCCGGGUAGCUGCGGUGCAGCCCUCAGACAACAUCAGCCGAAAACAUACCUUUAAGGCUGAGCAUGCCGGGGUCCGCACCUACUUCUUCAGUGCCGAGAGCCCCGAGGAGCAGGAGGCCUGGAUCCAGGCCAUGGGGGAGGCUGCCCGAGUACAGAUCCCCCCAGCCCAGAAGUCGGUGCCCCAAGCGGCACGUCACAACCACGAGAAGCCAGACUCUGAGAACAUCCCACCCAGCAAACACCACCAACAACCCCCCCAAAACAGCCUCCCCAAGCCUGAACCAGAGGCCAAGACUCGAGGAGAGGGUGAUGGCCGAGGCUGCGAGAAGGUGGAGAGGAGGCCUGAGAGGCCUGAGGUCAAGAGCGAGCCUCUGGUGAAAGCCAAUGGUGUCCACGCUGGACCAGAACCAGCCUCAGACCCAGGCAGUCCUUACCCUGAGGGCCCAAGGGUCCCAGGAGGUGGGGAGCGGCCCACCCAGCCCAAUGGCUGGCAGUAUAGCUCCCCAAGCCGGCCGGGGAGCACAGCUUUCCCACCUCAGGACUCAGAGAGUGGGGGGCACCGGCGGAGCUUCCCCCCACGUGCCAACCCCGACAAAAUCGCCCAGCGCAAGAGCUCCAUGAACCAGCUUCAGCAGUGGGUGAACCUGCGCCGAGGGGUGCCCCCUCCUGAAGAUCUUCGGAGUCCCUCUAGGUUCUACCCUGUGUCCCGUAGGGUCCCUGAGUAUUACAGCCCCUACUCCUCCCAGUACCCUGAUGAUUACCAGUACUACCCGCCAGGGGUACGGCCCGAUAGCAUCUGCUCCAUGCCGGCCUACGAUCGGAUCAGCCCACCCUGGGCCCUGGAAGACAAGCGGCACUCCUUCCGGAAUGGAGGCGGCCCCGCCUUCCAGCUGCGUGAGUGGAAGGAGCCUGCCGGCUAUGGGCGGCAGGAUGGCACCACCUGGAUCCCCAGCCCCUCCCGGCAGCCUGUCUAUUAUGAUGAACUGGAUGCUGCCUCCGGCUCCCUGCGCCGCCUGUCCUUGCAGCCCCGUUCCCACUCUGUGCCCCGCUCGCCAAGCCAGGGGUCCUACAGCCGCGCCCGCAUUUUCUCCCCCGUCCGCUCACCCAGUGCCCGUUUCGAGCGGCUGCCACCUCGCAGCGAGGACAUCUAUGCUGACCCUGCUGCCUAUGUGAUGAGGCGAUCCAUCAGCUCCCCCAAGGUCCCUCCAUACCCAGAAGUGUUCCGGGACAGCCUCCACACCUACAAGCUAAACGAGCAAGACACAGAUAAGCUGCUGGGCAAAUUGUGUGAGCAGAACAAGGUGGUGAGGGAGCAGGAACGGCUGGUGCAGCAGCUCCGAGCUGAGAAGGAGAGCCUGGAAAGUGCCUUGAUGGGGACCCAUCAGGAACUGGAGAUGUUUGGAAGCCAGCCUGCCUACCCAGAGAAGCUGCUACACAAGAAGGAGUCGCUGCAGAACCAGCUCAUCCACAUCCGGGUGGAGCUGUCUCAGGCAACCACGGCCCUGGCGAACAGCACCAUGGAGUACGAGGGCCUGGAGGCAGAGGUCUCUGCCCUGCACGACGAGCUCUGGGAGCAGCUCAGCUUGGACCUUCAGAAUGAGGUGCUCAACCGACAAAUCCAGAAGGAGAUCUGGAGGAUCCAGGAUGUGAUGGAGGGGCUGAGGAAGAAUAACCCAUCCCGGGGCACAGACACAGCCAAGCACAGAGGAGGACUUGGCCCCUCAGGCACCUACAGCUCCAACAGCCCCGCCAGCCCUCUCAGCUCCACCAGCCUCACCAGCCCCCUGAGCCCUUUUUCAUUGGUGUCUGGCUCUCAGGGGUCCCCCACUAAGCCCGGGUCCAAUGAGCCCAAGGCAAGCUAUGAGCAAAGCAAGAAAGACCCCCACCAGACAUCACCCCUGGACACCACUAGAGACGUCAGCCUUGUGCCCACCAGGCAAGAGGUGGAAGCAGAGAAGCAGGCAGCUCUCAACAAAGUUGGCAUUGUGCCCCCUCGGACAAAGUCACCCACUGACGAAGAAGUGACCCCAUCAAGGGUGGUGAGGAGGAGUGCCAGCGGGCUCACCAAUGGACUCUCCUCCCGGGAGCGCCCCAAGAGUGCUGUGUUCCCUGGCGAGGGCAAGGUCAAGAUGAGCGUGGAGGAGCAGAUUGACCGCAUGCGGCGACACCAGAGCGGCUCUAUGAAGGAUAAGCGGAGGAGCCUGCAGCUCCCGGCCAGCCCGGCCCCCGACCCCAGUGCUCGGCCUGCCUACAAAGUGGUGCGCCGUCACCGCAGCAUCCAUGAGGUGGACAUCUCCAACCUGGAGGCAGCUCUGCGGGCAGAGGAGCCUGGUGGGCAGGCCUACGAGACACCACGGGAGGAGAUUGCCCGGCUCCGCAAAAUGGAGCUGGAGCCCCAGCACUAUGAUGUGGAUAUCAGUAAGGAGCUCUCCACCCCAGACAAAGUCCUCAUCCCUGAGCGGUACAUUGACCUGGAGCCUGACACUCCCCUGAGCCCAGAGGAGUUGAAGGAGAAGCAGAAGAAGGUGGAGAGGAUCAAGACGCUCAUUGCCAAGUCCAGUAUGCAGAACGUGGUGCCCAUCGGCGAGGGGGACCUUGUGGACGUGCCCCAGGACUCAGAGAGCCAGCUGCAGGAGCAGGAGAAGCGGAUUGAAAUCUCCUGUGCCCUGGCGACCGAGGCCUCCCGCAGGGGCCGCAUGCUGUCUGUGCAAUGUGCCACCCCAAGCCCUCCCACCUCCCCUGCCUCCCCGGCUCCACCAGCCAACCCCCUAUCGUCUGAAUCCCCACGGGGCGCCGACAGCAGCCAUGCCAUGCGGGUCUGA